CGGAGAGGGAAAAGGGAGGGGAUACCUCACAGCUAGCGAUAGCAGGCUACACAAACAAGAAAUAUUUCAGUAUAAUUUCGAUCAUUCAGUGACGAACGGAAUAUUUUUUUAUGGUGACAGAGGACUUUAUUUUUCACUACGCAAAAUGUUUUGCUAUAAAAGAACCCAACUGAAGGACCUGUAAAAACGAGAGACUAGCUACUACCAAAAGGAGGAAAAGAGGCCUAUUUGUGUUCCUGGUGUCUUGGUGCAUCUCGCGCAGCCGGUGUAGCAAAUAUACUCCGCUGCUCUGAGGGGCUCUUAUUUUACUACUCUGACUAACAGAUUUGAUUCUGUCUUUUGACUUUGUUCAACCGUUCAUUGGCUUCACCAGGCGACCAGUUAUCGCAACCCGAAGCUCUCGCACAAUGGACUUAACUUGAAAAGCUUUUUGGAGCCAAAUCGGCCUGUUUUGUUUUUUUUUUUCUCCAGCGGAGCCGCCAUGAAUCACUACGGACAAUAACACAAUUUGAGCGUGCUUAUCUGUUCCAAUGCCUACGUGCCCCGAAUGCGUGGGGAUUGAAUAAUGUGAGAUGUAAGGCGGACAGAUUUGAAUCAGCUAAAUAUUUUAUGGACAUUUUAGUAAAGACAUUAAUACCAGUCUAAACAAACAAGCAUUAACGAAGCCAGUUUCAAUGUAAGUAGCUAGCUACGAUCUAGCAUAGGUAAUUAGAAAGCUAGUGUUGGUAGCUAGCUCGGCGGCUGAGGAAAGAGCGCCACCAAUGUAUUGUUGAAUCAUAACUCCACGCCAAGACUGGCAGGUGUGAUUUACAUGGGAAAUAAGUAACUUGACUUUUGGAAAUGUAAUUCUAUAAAUUCUUUAUUUUUCCCUAUUCUAAUGCACUUAAGUAGAUUGACAGUUUUUGUUGUCAUGCCAUGAUGCUAAUUUGGGCCUACUUCGUUCCGUGGAAGAGGGGGAAACGCUGAAAUGGAUUGGUAAUGAAGACCUUAGCUAGCUAUACGUUUAAUUAUAAUUACGCCGAACACAGACUUAAUGCUUGUGCAUAGCAUGUGCGGUUUGUAGCUGGCUAGCUACUAAGCAAGUGGUAAAAAGUUUGAUCCCAUAUCAUAUAUAUUAUUACACAAUCUGGAUCCACAGAAGCCAGCAACCAUCCUUUGAGUCGUACAUCCAUGGUCCCUGCAAGGCAGGAACGCUCUCCCCUUCCCUGGACAAUACUACGGACACUACGGGAGUAGCUGCUGAGAUGAACCCGGUGAAUGCGACCUCUCUCUACGUGUCCGCGUGUCGUUCGGUGCUGCAGUGCGACCCUCGCGACCCCCGGGCCCUCGCGGAGCUCUACAAGCUGCUCCCGUUCUUUCGCCAGUCUCUUUCCUGCCUCGUGUGUGGUAAUCUUCUGCAGGACCCCAUAGCUCCCACCAACUCGACUUGUCAGCACUAUGUUUGUCUGGGCUGUAAGGGCCGGAGGAUGCUGCUUAAGCCCUCUUGUAGCUGGUGCAAGGACUACUCUUGCUUUGAGGAGAACAGACAGCUGUCCCUGCUGGUCCACUGCUACAAGAAGCUGUGUCUCUACAUCGCCCAGUCUCCGCUCGCCUCACACAUAGCCAGCGCGGCCAGCGAUUCGCCCGACCUCCAGGCCAUCCUCAACGAGGGCCUCUCAUUGGUGGAGAACGAGCAGGAAGGGGAGGACACUUCGGAUUCGGCAAAUCAGUCGCCGGCACCUUCCACGUCCGACCUCCAGCGGGACGAAGCUCCUGCCGCCGAAAGGAGGCAGGAGGAGGGGGCCGUGAACGGUCUGCACGGCUGCAACGGCCUGGCCAGUUCGGACACGCUGUCAUCCGUCACCAUAGCGACGGGGGUAGGGGUUUUGAAGCAUGAGGGUUUCGGGGAGGAGUUGCCGGUCUGCGUCGCCGGGGAGGCGGGGCUGUGCGACCUCAGCACAUUUGGGGAUGAGCUCAAACACGGAGGAGGGCCGCUGUUGUUGAGCGUGGAGGAGGUUCUAAGGACCCUGGAGCCUGACCCCGAGCCGUCCCCCCAGUCAGACUGCCCUCUGUCCAGGCCUCUGUCCGGCCUCAAUGGGCCUUACUACCCCUCCAUCCCCGAGGCCUCCCGCCUGACCUCCUCCCUCCCGUCGGAACCCAAGCCUCGCCUCCCCCCUCCUCACCCCCAGCCCUCCCCUGCCGUCCCCCGCCUCCCCCCUCGUUGCCACCGCAAGCGCUCCCGCUCCGAGAGUGACAGUGAGAAGGUCCUGCCCCUCCCCAUCGCCAGCAUCCUGCAAGGCCCUUCCCUGGGCGCCACCAACCCCCCACACCACCCCAACCCCCCCACCGCCAGCGCCGCCGCCAACAAACGAGAGCCCAAGCAUCCCUCCGCCAUCGCCCCCCCUCACCUGGCCCCUGUGCCCAACGGAGGGCCUCCAAAAGUAGGCAAGACUGUGCUGGUGCCCAGCAAAGGCCUGAAGAACCACGGAGGGCCCAAAAAGGCCUACACCAAGGCCAGGCAGGGGGCCCCCAAACCCCGUGCUCAACCCCGCGACCGCCUCCCCACACACCCCCACUCUCACCCCCACUCUCACCCCCCCAGCCCCUCCAAGCCCCUCUACAAGAAGCCUGUGGAGAAGAAAGGCUGCAAGUGUGGAAGGGCCACCCAGAACCCAUCUGUGUUGACCUGCAGGGGGCAGCGUUGUCCCUGCUACUCCAACCGCAAGGCGUGUCUGGACUGCAUCUGCCGGGGCUGCCAGAACUCCUACAUGGCCAACGGAGAGAAGAAGCUGGAGGCGUUCGCCGUGCCGGAGAAGGCCCUGGAGCAGACACGCCUCACGCUCGGCAUCAACCUCACCAGCAUCGCCGCCGCCGCCCUGCGGAACCCGGCGACCAGCUCCCCGGGCAACGCUCUCAUCAACGUCACCACGGCAACCGGGGCCCCGGUUACGGCGGCCUUCCUGACGGGAGCGGGGCCCGACGACAGGGGCUUCGACGACUCGCUGGACAUGAGAUUUGACUGUUGAAGUCCCGACUGCUCGUUGUUGCACCAUCCCCCCCCCCCCCCCCCCCCUCGGACAGUGACUAACCAAUGGGGUGGUGCAGAGGGACCUGGAGGGGGGCGGAGCUAGAAUAAGGCAGCUACAGCGAAGGGCGGGAAGGAGGGAGCGUUCGGAUGAGAUCCCCCUCGGACGAGAACCCCUCGAUCGCCCUGAAACUGAAACAUUCUUUCAGUCUUACGUACUGAUGCAGUGUGGACAGGAGAGUGGGGGGAGAGGGAGGUCCUAACGUUACUGUAUGUUCAGAGAUUUCAUUUCUGGGGCUUAGCAGGAGUUUUGUUUUCUACUAUCAGUGAUGUGUACUAGAGCAUGAUGAUUUGCUGAGUCAGGGAGUCGACUGGGCCGUGUCUGUGCUCUCUGCUCCUUGGAUGUGCAAGACGGAAGGUUUUGGGGGCAAAGCUUGUUGGGCAAGAAUGGAGCCCGAGACCUCAUUAGUGACUGGCUGUAAUUUAUGUUUUUUUUUUUUUUUUUUGUACACAGACUUACCAAAAUUCCAUUUAAGAGGACAUUUUAUGAUAUAUUUUUUAAGUUACAUUAACAAAAUUUGCAGUAUUUAUUGGAUGUCGCCUAACAUAGGUAGCAUUGGGUGUCAACGGAUUGCCAGGAUCCUGCCCACUCCAGCUCUUAGCCUAUCAAGAUCCAGUCUGGACGAUUUCUGUCUAAAUUAUGUUGCUGUCCUGUUACUGCUAGUUUCUGCUGUCUCAAACUGUUUUUGUUUUCCCUCUGGGCAUUUAAAAAACCUGUAAUAUAACUGUAACAUAUUUCCACAAAAAAGAAAAUCAAACCUA